AUGGCCACCCGAACGAGUACGGGCGUCAAGAGGAUCCUCAAAGAGGCGUCCGAGCUAGAGGCCGAUGACUCGUGCGACUACAGCGCCGGCCCGCUCGAGGACGAUCUGUUCAACUGGCACUUCACCAUCAAGGGUCCUUCGGGUACCGACUUUGAAGGUCAGUCUUUGUGAUGUUAUGGGUCGUGAUCCGGCUGCUGGCUGCUGGCCGCUGGCUGGCCCUCGCCACCGAUCGAGCACUGCUGCCAGCUGCUGCGAGUGCGUCGACGUCGUGCCUAUCAUCACCACCACCGCCCCGGCUGGCUGGGCAGUCGGCGGCCAAGCCCCUGUUGCGAUUGACGUGGCAUGUACUGACGCCUCUUUCGUGCCUCUACCCUGCGCGUACCUCGUGCCGGUUAGGUGGUGUCUACCAUGGACGAAUGAUCGUAAGUUUUCAUAUCCUCUGUCCCCUCGUUGCAGCCCCAUUACCCACCCCCCGGUCCAUGGUCCAUCGCGGCCCAAUCGAGCCUCGAGCGUGCAAGCUGACCCCGCGUUCGAAUUCGGUCUUGUCUCCCGUCCCGCUCCCACCACGACAUGAUCCCCCUCCCCUCCACUUGCCAUUUCCUACCACAGCUCCCCUCCGAAUACCCAUUCAAGCCUCCAGAAAUCUACAUGGCCACCCCUUCGGGCCGGUUCGAAACCAACAAGAAGAUCUGCCUCUCGAUUUCGAGCUUCCACCCCGAGACGUGGCAACCGUCGUGGGGGAUCCGUACCGCGUUGCUCGCUCUCAUGGCCUUUUUCGAGACUGAGGUGGGUUUUGGCGAUUUCGGCAAACAUGACCUGUAUAUUGACGACUGUCACGUUUCAUGUUUCGUCGUGCAGGCCGCUGGAGCUGUGGGGUCACUCGAAGUGCCUCCGGCCGAACGUCGGCGACUAGCUCAGGCGUAAGUCCCGGUUUUGGCUAGUUUCACCCGGCAGAGGGCCAACGGCUGACCGUUCUCUCCUCGUAGAUCCCGGACAUUCCACUGUGUGACGUGCGAUUUCCACGCGAGCAAGUUCUUGACCCUCACCACGACCACGCCCUCGUCCGACACCGAGGACGGUGAAGCUGUCGACGAGGAGGAUGAGGAAGACGAGGAAGUCGCCGCCGUCGCGUCCAGUACCGAUCGAUCCGAUGAAGCGACCGCCAUCUUUCCCUCGUCGCGCGGACCAGGUGUCGGUGCCGCUGAUGUUGGAGGCCAUGCCGUCACGACGCCGAACCACGUUUCGGGAACAGCCGAUCGUGUCACGAAUGCCUCGGCGCCGCAUCCCAGACAUCACCACAUCCCCACUGCCGCUGCUACUCUGGACGCGAUUCCUGCUCCUCAACUCCGAGUUGUCCAACACCGUCCUGCACCCGCUCAUGAACCUAGAUCGGCCGCACCCCCACCGUCGAACCCGAGUUCGGCCUCGAGUGUGGCUGCGGUUGCUUCGACCUCAUCCGCACCAGCGGCAGCGGCAGCCCCGCCGGCUGCUACGCCCGAAACUGCGGCUCUCCCUGCCGAUUUGAUGAUGAUCGGUGGUCAACCGACGGCCGUUGAUCGGCUGAUCCUCGUCGUCCUCGUCGCGAUCCUCGCUCUCGUCGUUCGUAAAGUCGCAUAG